AUGACGCUCUUCAGCGUGCCAGCGUUGCUCAUCAUGUUCCGGGAGGCCCUGGAGGCGGCGGUGGUGGUGUCGGUGCUGCUGCAGCUGGUGGAGAAGAUGAAGUUGCCGCUGAAGAAGCACGUCUGGAUUGGCGCGCUGCUUGGCGUGGCCAUAUCCAUAGUGAUCGGCAUCAUCUUCAUUGUCCUGUUCUAUGUGGCGGGGGAGAAGAUCUUCACCGGCAACUCCCAGUCCAUCUUCAAGGGAGUCGUCAGCUGGAUAGCCAGCCUGCUGAUCACGGUCGUCGCCUUCCACAUGCUGAAGUUUUACAACGUGGAGCGCAAGUGGCGGCGCAAGCUGGAGGGCGCGAUGGACGGCGACCGCCAGGCCGCCGCGCGCUCCUACCGCUGGUCCAUCCUGCUGCUGGCCCUGUCAGCCACGCUGCGCGAGGGCAUCGAGUCGGUGCUGUUCCUCACCGGCGUCUCCCAGGGCGAUGGCGUUAAGUCCAUCAUCAUCCCCGGCAUCGUGGGCGUCAUCCUGGGCCUGGGCGUGGGCAUGCUCAUCUUCUACACUGGCCGCACCAUCAAGAGCCUCAAGUGGUUCUUCAUCCUCUCCUGCGGCCUGCUGCUCUUGAUCGCCGCGGGGCUGGUGGCCAGCGGAGUGGUCUUCCUCACCUCUGCCGGCCUGUUUGGCAACACCUUCCCGUAUGAGGACGCCCCCUGGUUCAACAAGAUCCUGUGGGACACCAGCGGCUGCUGCAACAUGUACACCAACGACUUCUGGUCCCUGGUCCGCGCCCUGUUUGGCUACACGGACCAGCCCACCGCGCUCAACCUGCUCUACUACCUGUUGUACUGGAUGGUUGUGAUCUUUGUGAUGGCCUACAAGUGGUGGCACGGCACGCUCACCGACCGCCGCCAGGCACAGGUUGACGACUUCAAGUCCUUUGCCCACCACCUGGGCGAGCGCAUGGACGCCGAGGCGGGGCUGGACGGCAAGAGCCAGGGCAGCGGGUCGGACCGGGAGCUGGACCUGGAGGCGGCGCAUGGCAAGCCUGGCGGCGUGCCCAAGGUGGACUCUGCCCUUGUCGCACCGCCCUCGCCUGACACCGCUCUCAAGCCUGCGCCCGGCAGCGGCGAUGGGAGCGACGAUGCCGGCACCAGCACCGCUGAAGACCCUGCCAGCAACUCGGUGGGCGAUUCUGCAGACUCGCUGGAGAAGGGGGAGGAGGCAGGGCUAGCUGAGCCCCAGCAGGCGCAGUGGCAGCAGCAGGCUCCCCCACCUGCCGCCUGA